AUGGCUCCACCACCAAACGCCAACGCAGAUGCCAAGGGCGGACCAAGUGCAGAUCCGACCAAGAAGAAGAAGGCGCUACCGCCACCUUCAAACCCUCCGCCAAAGGCUGGAGGCUCGGCAGCAGCGGCAUUCCGCUCCAAAUCCUCAUUGCCGCCGCCAAAUGGUCCUCCUCCAGGCGCAGGAGCCCCGAGUGCUUCUGUCGCGAAGAUACGAGGAGCUGCUCGACCUCCGUCCGCGGCUCCACCGGGUGCAGCACAAGCCAAGGCAGGACCCCCACCAAAUGGCCAAGCGAAAGCAAUGGGCCCUCCAUCGUCGGCACCACCGACGGCAGCAACUCCUUCAAUGGGUCCGCCAUCCUCAGCACCUCCGGCGAAACCACAACCAACUGGAGCCCCGCCGUCGACUGCCCCGCCUAAAGCAGCAGCAGUAAAACCUCCGAUCACCCCGCGCACGGGUGAGGGUGAGAGCAAAGGUGACGCGAAAGCGGCGCCUGCAGGUCCGCCAAAGCCCAAGCCGGACGCAAAGCGUACACCGCCAACAUCAGCGAGAGGACCACCGGGAGAUGCAAAACCCACACCAAGAGCGGCGGCAGCAGCUCCAGUCGACAUUCUAGGGGAUGACUCGCCUGUAGUGGCGGCUAGUUCGACAGCUCCAGUCAAGACUAACGCUGUUCCAUCGGGCAAACCUCCGAAACCUGUGCCACAAACGCAGCGUCCUCCUGCUACAGCUCCGGCAAAGGCCCCACCUGCAGACAAAACGCCGGUUGUGAAGCCUCCUCUGAUGAAAAGCACCAUGGAAGUGCUGAAUGACGCAAAUGCAGCGUUAUCGGCUCGUAGUCGAGGCUCCGAAGACGAAGGUGAGCCAUCUCGCCGUUUGAGUGCGCCUUCUGCGAAGGAGAAGGAGAAUCCUGGCGUUUUCACGACAAAAAUGGGCAUGGCGGCGCAAUUCAGCACCCAGUCGAGACUCAAUGUACCGGAGGAGGAGGUUAUCGUUGUCAAGAAGCGUGAAACCAAGAGCACCGAAGCGGAGGCCAAGCCAGAUGUAAGCGCCAACGCGAAAUCGUCGCGGCCUAUCGCCAACAUCGACGACUCGUUUGAAGACGUGGAAGAGAUCCCGUUCCUAGAGGAUGGCAAAGCUGAUGCCAAGGAUAAAGAUGAACGGGAAGAGAAGGCCGUCGAACAUGAAGAUGAUCCCGAGAUCGUCAUCGAAAGUAAGCACGGUCCGUCUAAGCCAAGCGCCAGUCGUUCCUCUUCUUCUUCUCAAGGUGAUAUCAGGAGUGAACACAAGGACAACAACUUUGACGAAGAGAAGGAGGAUGGAGAGGGCAGGGAAAGCAGAGACAGAGACCGCGAUCGAGACCGGGACCGGGAAAGAUCGCGUGAAAAACGCAAGGACAGACGACGUAGCAAGCAGGACGAGCCCAAGAAGAUUCAAGCUCAGUUCUUCAAUCCCAAGAGCGUGCCUUACAUUCCGGAUCAUUUGUUGGAGUUCGUGAAGCGGCCGCUAGAAUGUGGACGCGGUCAAAUUGUCAAGUGUUUUAUCGAGAGAAACGACAGCGGCCCGAACAAGCUUGCUCCCAUCUACACUCUCCUGCUCGAGGUGAACAGCUCCAGUGGCCGUCCGAUAAUGUACGCGAGGAAGAAAGCUACCAGCCGCAUCACGUCGCACUAUGUCAUCUCCAUGAACAGAGACGACUUGUUCCUCUCACGAAUGAUGCGGAGCCACCAGUACAUCGGCAAACUACGGUCGUCCACCAGCAUGAUGGAGUACUGCCUGUACGAUCAAGGCGACAACCCGGAGGACUUGGAUUCGGAUUGCGAAGUCGAUGACGAGCUCAGACAAAGCAUCCGAGCUGAGCUCGCAGUGAUUCGUUACCAUAACUCGAAGAAGCCAUAUCCACGGAAGAUGGAGGUAGUGAUCCCAUCUAUACUUGAAAAUGGGCAAGGCUACCUCGAAUGGCGGCCUCUUUCUCGUGAUCAGAUGAUGGAAGAGCACGUCCGCACUAUCACGGCAGCUGGCGGGCAAAACGUCAUGGACGCCUCCAACUUCGUCUUCCUUCACAAGCGCGAGACCAAGUACGACCCUCUCUCGUCCUGUAUCGUGGACUUCCGCAGCCGUGCGACGUGUGUCUCCGUCAAGAACUUCCAGCUGGUCCACUCCGAGCCGACCAACGAGCAAAUGCGCGACCAAUACCGCAAGGCGUAUCCCGAUUUCGUGUACGAAGACCAAGGCACCGUGUCGCUGCCGCAAGAGUACGUGCUGCUGCAGCUGGGUAAAGUGGGCAAGGACUGCUUCAACAUGGACUUCCAGUACCCGCUGUCCAUGCUCCAGGCCUUCGCCAUCAGUCUCAGUCGCUUCGACACCAAACAGAGAUAA